AGUCAGUUUUCUUUUGUACAGAGUCGUUAAUAAGCAAAAUAAAAUAAAGAGGUUCACGAUAACCUGCGCAUACAUUAAUUCCACUAUAGUAACAGUAGCCACAACCUUUUUAUUCUGAAUAAAAAAAAAUGCCCGUCACUCCAGCCGACUCUUAAAUACUAUUUAUACAGUUGUUUUACUUACGAUUUUUCAUAUCGUCAUAGUCGGUUCUUCUGUUUUUUUCUUUUUUUCUACUUUGGCAUCCAUGCGUAAAUCAUGUAUUAAUACAUGCAACGGACACUGCAUCAUGCAAUAAUAUUGUUAUUUAAGCGCUCUCGACGUAAAAUUCUUUUUAAUUAUGGAGGAUUCUAUGGAAGCACAAAAGUGGCAGCAACAUCUGUCCCUGCUACGAGAACAAUAUGUCAAUUUGUACAAUUCAAAUAUAGAACUGCAAAAGGAAUAUGCUAUUGCUACAGCUGAGAAGCAAGAGAGUGGAUUUGUUAGUAGGCUUCUGGCAACUAUAGCAUCUUUAUAUUGUCAACAUCGUUACAGUGAUAUAAAUAUAAAAUUGAUUGAUCAAGAAAUACCAGCACAUAAAUUUAUAUUGUCUGCCAGGACUGAUUUUUUUAGUGAUACAGCUCUUGUUGAAAAAUCUGUUUUAGAUUGGAGCAAUUUAAAUAGUACAGUAGCAUUAGUGUUGUUAAAAUGGAUUUAUACAGGCAAGGUAUCUCAAGAACAUUUAACAUUGGAUUUAAUGAAAGCAGCAGCUGGCUUUCAAUUGUCAGAAAUGGUAGAUCAAUGUGAAAGAUAUUUGAUUGGAACAGUGGGAUUGAAGGAUUGUGUGGAAUUAUAUGCAGCAGCUGAGGAAUUGGGUGCUUUAAAGUUAAAGGAGCAUUGUAGUUCUUUAAUUUCAGCACAUUGGGAAGAUUUAACAGGCGAAGAUUUCAAAGAGAUGCUAGGUUCUUUGCUGUAUAAAUUAUUACAAACUAAGAGUAAAUAUCCUUUACAUGCAGCGGUACGUUUGAUGCGCGAAGACGUUGUGUUUCUAUACUUAGUGGAAAAUAACGCCGAGCUUCCAAAGGCAGUCAAUGCUGUAGAUCACAAAGGAGAAACAGCUCUAGAAGUUGCUCUGAAAAGUCGUCAGCCAUCUCUAGCUCGCACUUUGGUUGACCAUGGAGCAGAUUUGAGUGCAAAAGAUGCUAGGGGUCUGUCUCUGCUUCAUGCAGCAAUUUUAAAAGGAGACUCUUAUUCGUCUGAAUUUAUAAUUGAACAGCUGGAAAACAAUAGCAAUGUGCAGAAGUUAUGUGAACCUCUAAAUAUUAUUGAAGGUGCAAAAAAUACAUCCGAUCUUAAACAACUGGAAGGCUGUACUGCUUUACAUUUAGUAGCAAAGCAUAAUACAGAAAGUAUGUUAGCAGUUGGAUCAAGAUUACUUCAAGCAGGAAUUGAUCCAAAUUUACAAGACCAUAGAGGAUGGAAUGCACUUCAUAGUUGUAUCUCGGAAAGAAACGAUAUGCUAUUUAAUUUAUUACUCGAUGCAAAAGGUAUAGAUAUAGAUGAAACCACAAACGAAGAUGAUACACCAUUGUGUUUCGCAAUGAAGACGGAUCCCUUCAACGAAUACUUUGCGUCUAAAUUGUUAACUAAAGGCGCUAUACCAAAUCCGAUCUAUAACACCACCGGAGAUACAUUACUUCAUAUCUUGACACGAGAAUGCAGAGAAGAGGCGGCGCUAUUUUUAGUGGAUUAUUGUAAAAAUAACUUAAUGAAAAUUAACAACGAAGGUUUCACGAUAUUACAUGAAGCAUGCAAAGUUGGCUUAAAAGAUCUAUCUCGAGCUUUAUUAAAAAACGGAUUACCAACUGAUGUCGUCACUUUUUCUACUGGUGAUACACCAAUUCAUUUCGCCAUUUCGAAUCUAUAUACAGACAUAGUCAUUGAAUUAUUAGAUACUUCUAAUUUUAAUUCGCAAUUAACUAUUAAAAAUAAUGCGAACGAAACGCCUCUAAGCUUGGCUAUAAAAACACCAUUCAAAAAAGGGAAAGAUAUUGUACUAGCUUUAAUAAAAGCUGGAGCUGAUGUGAAUGAACGUAACAAGGAAGGCCUGACAUUGUUGCAUCAGGCAAUAUUAAAAGAAGAUUCAUCUACUGCUAUAUUUCUGCUAGAAAAUGGUGCUGACAUGAAUGCAAAAACAGCUAAUGGAGAUACGCCGCUACAACUGUGUGUACAUUGUAGACUGGGCGAAGUGGUGGAAGCUCUUUGUAGACGAGGUGUAGACACUUCAAUAGGAUGUCCAUUAUGGGACGCUUUAGACUCUUUUCAGGAAGAUACUGCGUCAAUUUUAGUUAAAUACGGAGCAGAUACAGAUUGUUGGGCUCAUGGUCCCGAUGGUUGUCAGCAAACGCUGCUACACAGAGCGAUCGAUGAUAACAAAGAGGAUAUCGCACAGUUUCUGAUCAGAAGCGGAUGCGAUUUGAAUGCUCCGAGACGACACGGUCCAAAUGGUGCCGGUGGAGAUGAGGCAAAAGACGAAUGUACACCAUUACAUUUGUGUUGUCAAUGGGGACUGGAGCAAGUUGUUCAAACGCUGAUCGAACACGGAGCCGACGUAAACGCUCAAGACGCAGAGGGAAAGACUCCUGUACAUGUAGCGAUACAGAAUCAGCAUUCGCAGAUAAUAUCUCUUUUGCUGUGUCAUCCGAAUAUAGAUCUGAACAAGAGAGAUAAGAGAGGGCUUACGCCAUUCGCGACCGCCCUAACAGUCCGUAAUAACAAAGCCGCGCAAGCGAUAUUAGAGAGAUUACCUAAAGCGGCCGAACAAUACGACAAUAAGGGCAGAAACUUCUUGCAUACUGCCAUACAGAAGGAUGACAUGGAGAGCAUUCUGUUUUUAUUAUCAAUACAAGUAGAUGUAAAUUCGAGAAUACAUGAUGUUACACAAACACCUCCAUUGCAUCUAGCCGCUAUGUCAGGAAACGAGAUGUUAGUGCGAAGUUUAAUACUAGCAGGUGCUCGUGUUAAUGAUACUGAUGCAAACAGAAACACCGCGCUACAUAUAGCGGCUAAAGCAGGACAUGCCACUGUUGUCUCCGCACUACUACAAAACAAUAUUAACUUUGACGCGGUAAAUGCAGACGGCGAUAAUGCGUUGCAUGUAGCUGUAAGAGAGGGUCAUGUAUCAGUAGUACGGACGUUAUUGACCGAAUGUACGCUGGACGCGGAAGCUGUGAAUCUCAAGGGCCGUAAUCCUCUACAUGAGCUAGCCAGAUGCGCGAGAGAUAAUGCUGCAACGAUAUGUGAUCUAUUUUUAGAAUGCAUGUCGCAAUAUCCAGUCAAUAACGCAGUUUUUAUUUCAGACUUAGAUGGAAACACACCAUUGUUGAUUGCAUAUAUGAAGGGUAAUGGCAAUCUUUGUAGAACAUUAGUAAAAGCUGGUGCAUGUUUAGGUUCAAUGAAUAAAGAUGGAAUCACAAUUUUUAAUUAUCAAGUAGCGACGAAACAAUUAUUAUAUAGAUUGUUAGACUCUUUAACGCAAGAAGCACCAUGGUCUGAUAAAGAUUGCUGUUUAGAAUGUGGAACGAAAUUUUCCCUCACAAUGCGCAAGCAUCAUUGCCGCCACUGUGGGCGAAUUUUAUGUAGUAAGUGUUCAGGUCAAGACGUGCCGAUUUUGAAAUUUGGUUUAAACAAGCCAGUACGUGUAUGCAACAUAUGUUUUGAUGUAUUGCUGGGUACUGGGUCUCUUCAAUCUUCAUAGUUAAGAAUUUAUAUAUAAAAAUUAAUAGAUCAUUCCGAUGAUUUUU